AUGAAGGGUGAGAACGCUCCAUUCCGCAUCCAGCUCCCCUCCAAGCCAGAGCAGCCCGUUUAUCAUUCACGACGCGCGCAUCGCAAAUCCCGGGAGGGGUGUGCCAAGUGCAAGCAACGGCGUGUCAAGUGCGAUGAGACGCGUCCGCGCUGCCAGAAAUGUGAGACAUUGGGCCAUGAAUGCGUAUACGAAGCUAUCUUACCUCCUGGUUUUGGAAAGUUGAAGAAGCAAGAUUUUGACGGUUUACUUAAUGCACAAGUCAUGAACCAGUUUCUAGUCGGACCUGAUGCUACGGCGCACUCUUUUGCUGUUCGCACGGUGACAGCGCAAAUCGAUGAAGUGCUACAGCUGAAAUCGACAGUAUCUAAGUCGAAGAGAUGCUUGGGUAAUGUGGAGAUACUACGCCACUUCCAAGAUGUUAUCACGCCGACCAUCAUUAGUGAAAAUGGCAAGGAUGUUAUGAGAGGGAAGAUGGGACGGUUGGCACUGCAGGUAUUGAGAAUCGCUAUCAUGAAUGGCCAAGACUAA